AUGAGGGAGAGCAGGCCCUGCCAACAGCUGACACCCAACUCUACCAGCUGUACCAUCCGGGACUUCAAGAUGUUCUACCCAGUGCCCCAUGUGCUCAAUGUCACGGCCAUCCUUCCUGAGGGCAUCAUCACCACACUUCUGCCCUUUGUGCCUGAGCAAAUCAUGAAACCGGACCGUCCAGUGUACGUCCGUGUGAACCCUGCUCCUGAGAAUCGUCUGCUGGUGCAGUGGUAUGAACCUGUUUCCUGGCCCAACUUUGCGGGCUUGACACUCAUAUACCAGAUUCGCUACAAGGACUGUGAAGCUGAGCACUUCCAGGAGGUGGGUCCCACUGAAAACACCAACUACAUGAUCAACUCCGUGCCACCAAAUGCCACGUACUGCGUCCAGGUCAAAGGGCGGGAUGUCUACAGCUAUGGGUUGUGGAGUGACUGGAGCUAUCUUGCCAAAUCCCCCCUCAUUCUCGCAAACUAG